GGUGUGCUCUUACUGUUUAUAUAUCACGUGGUGUUCUGUCUGUAUCAAACACAACAUACAGACGCCAUUAUUAAUGGUGAGAGAAAACUACAGCAGCAAGAAGAAGGGAUUUUCAGGAUGGAUUCAAAACCAAGUCGGAUUCCCCAAAGAUCGUCAUUUGGGAAACCUAGCUCAUUGUCGCCAUCUUCCUCAUCGUCGUCUUCCUCAUCUUUGUCGUCAACCUACUCCCCUCUUCGGUCCAGCGGGCUCUACUCUGGAAGAGGGAGUGUCUUAAGCAAUGACUGUUACACAAGGAGUACCACUGUGAAAUUGGAUUCAGAUUAUCAGGGCUCCCGGUUCCACAGUACUUCCAGGGACUACAGUAUUCCAGAAAGUCGUCAUUCAAGCUGGAAACUUUCGUCUCCGUCUUCAACUCUUUCUUCUGGAUCCUACGGUCUGUCAUGGUCUGACACCUCUGUUGGAACCAGAAGUAAAUUGGGUGACUCUGAAAGACGUCAGGGAUCAUACUAUGGGCUUCUGAAUGCAACCCAGGAUAGUGAAUCCAAAAGACCUAAGCUUUCCUAUACAAGCAGUUCAUCAUAUUCAAGAGGUUCAUCUACCUCUGGGGUUGGCAGCAGCUACUCUGGCCUGAAUGGCAUUUCAGAUUCGUCAUGGAGGUACAACCCAGGUUCAAGGGCUUCAUCUACAACCACAGAAUUAAUACGUUCAAGAGGAGAACUGGACAAAAGAGUAGACUCAAGUCUUUCCAGCUUUGGAGAACAUAGCCACAGGAGCAGUGGUUUAUUAUCCUCACCAGCCUCAUCAUAUCUUCGGGACAGAGUGACUUCCUCUUAUGCCCAAGGAGCAAGGCCAAAGGAGAGUACAUUUACAUCUAUGAGGGUAAAUGGUUCAUCAGUGAAUGACCGUUUGCCAUCAGAAUACCAGUCAUCUUUGUUCAGCAGAGAUUCAAGCAGAAGCUCUGCCAGGUCUGCUAGUUCAGUUUCCUUUAGGGAUAUGGACUCCCCACAAAGAACAAUGGGAUCAGAAGCCCGAAACACACGUGCUAGUUCUUGCGCUUUGUAUGUGCCAAAGUCAGAAAGAAACGCAUCUUCAUCAACCCCACCACCACCACCACCUCCUCCUCCUCCACCCCCGCAAAGGCAACUCAGUGAAUCAUCUGGGGAUUCGGAAGGCCGAUUGACAACAAGACAAUUAUUGUCCCGUCUAGCUUCCAGUAUGUCGACUACCUUCUUCUCAAGAAGGUCAAGCCAGGACUCCUCCUCUAGUUCAAGCUCCAGGUCUUUUGAAGCACCAUCUGAAGAUUAUGUUCCAAGGGGUGAAAGUUCUUCUCAAAGCAGUGACAGCAGAAACAGUAGUCCUAAUGGUUUGGAAAGAGCUUCCGAUUCCUCUCAGGUGUUUCCAUUUCUUAGACGCAGAAGGCAAGGUUUAUCACCGGUAGUAGAAACCCGCAGUUCAGAUUCAGACCCUGAAACUUCAAGAUCAACUGGAUCUGAAAGCAGAAGCUCGAGUUCGUGGUUGUCUUCUUCAUUUAGAAACAGGUGCACACCGCUUUUUUCACGAAGGAGAAGGGAAGGAAGAGAUGAGUCUGCACGAAUGGCUGCCGGAUCUGAUGAAACACAAGGGAGCACUCUUUAUCCAUUGAGGAGGUAUUCUUUUGAAACUGGCGGAGAGCAAGAACAUGAAUCUCAAGGGGCUGCAGCAGCUACUCCACCUCCCCUUGCAUCAGACACGCCUGUGCAAGAUGUGUCCCAAGCUGAACGAAACCCAAGAAUUUCUAGUAUUGUUCCCAACUCUUUGUUUCAUCAUGCUAUGACAUCUAGCCUUGACAGCACCCUGCCUGAUGAUGCAAUGAUCACUGUAGACAUCAUGGCAGCAGGUAGAUCUGAGCCUGAUGGGCAGUCUCAAGAAAAUGACAAACCUACACCCUCCAGGGAUCCAGAGAAACUGAAGAAAAUCCAAGAGAGCCUCCUUUUAGAGUCCUCUGAUGAAGAGGAGGGAGAUUUGUGCCGAAUUUGCCAGAUGGGAGAAGGAUCACCUUCAAACCCUUUGAUAGAACCUUGCAAGUGCACUGGCAGCUUACAAUAUGUUCAUCAGGAAUGUAUGAAGAAGUGGUUGCAGUCUAAAAUCAGCUCUGGUUCUAACUUGGAAGCUAUAACUACGUGUGAGCUAUGUAAACAGAAGCUUCAUCUUCACAUUGAGAACUUUGAUAUUGAUGAACUAUAUAGAACACACUCAAAUGAACGGGCAGAGUAUGAGUUUAUCAGCUGUGGUCUCUACCUCGUUGUCUUGCUGCAUUUGUGUGAACAACGAUUUUCUGACAUGUUGGGAGCUGCCAGUGAGGCAAGUGCUCAUGCUGGGUUCAUCAACCUUGCAAGAACCCUUCAUGCGCACAUGGAUGAUCUUGAAAGCUCUUAUGAGGAAUCUGAAGAAGUUGAAAAUGAUAGUAGACCAUCGUUUGAUUUUGAUGAGGAGGAGGAGGAGGAGGAGGAAGACACAUAUUAAGUUUGAGAGCAUUGAUAGGACAGUUUAACAUAGGACUGUUUUGUUAAAUUUAUAUCAACUUUGUUAAUUGAUCAUUCUCAUUGUGGUUUUGAAAAUGGUUACUUGGACUGCGGCCACUUAUUUCAUUAAGUACAUCAUUUAUUGACUUGUGUGAGUAUUUAAUUUGUUUAUGAAUUCCUUACUAAAUAGCAGUGUACAGUUAAAUCAGCAAAUUCUGAAUGUUACUUUUUACUUCAUUGUAUGUGUGUUAGAUUACACAUCAUUGUGAAUUUGGCACAAUCAAUGAGUUUAAAUUGUACAAAUUAGUUUUGCUGUAGUUAGUGUACAUGCUGACAAAUGUAAAUGAGGGAGCUUUAUUUGAUAACCAAACUGGGAGAAUUUUUUUUUUUUUUCUCUCUCUGUCAACAGAACGAGAAUUAGUAAGAUUGCAUACAAUUUAAGCAUAUUUUUUUCAUGUUAACUAGGUUCCUGGUUGAAUGCUUUAUUCAAUUAAUUUCAUAAAACCUGAAAUGUGAGUUGUAACAGUAGUCAUGCUGUCAAACUACUGUAUACCAUGAGUGCUUUAAAUACACAAGUUAAAUACAGGGCCUAAUUGGGGGGGGGGGGGGGAUAGACACUCAUACUGGUGCAUAAGUCUUCAAAAUUAAAUAAUGGCAACUUUCACGGUUUUGUGAAGAAAAUGCCUUAUUUUGUUUGGGUUUUAUCAAAGAAUAAAAAAUAUAUUGUUUUAAUAUCUUUGGCUCAAGUCUAGAAUUGUUUUUAAAGCUGCCCCUGCCCCCUUGGUCAGGAUUGUUUGAAAGUAUAUUGGCUAUAGUAUGAUGGUUUUUAAUAUCAUGAUUUAAGUUUGUUAUAAAAAAUAUAUAUAAUGAACUGAUAAUGAGCAAUCCGGAACAUUCUAGUAAAGUUUUAGCUGGAAUUUGUUUAGAGAAUCUCUGGCGUUUAUCAGCUUUUUGUGUCAAUUUACUGCCAGUUCUAUGUUCGGGGCAAAUAUCAUAAAUGAUUACAGUUAACAAUUUAACUAAAUUGUUUCCAGAAAAGCAGCUUUAUAAUUUAAUUCUGGAUUUAGCUCAAAUUUAAGAUUAAAUGUAAAUUAUUAUUUCUAUGUAUUUUGCUUGAAUUUCCAAAGUUAAUAAAGUUUUGAAGAAAUUG